GGUGAGUGCAGGCGAGACGCGUAUGGAAUCGCCCGCCCCCGUGUGCCGUAAUGGCACAAUCUGACUCCCGCUGAGAUGAAGAGCGAGGGCAGUACCAACUGUGUCUCUUUCUCAAAGGGGGGGGGGGAUAGUUCAAUUUCAUAUUUUAAGUGAAAAGGAAUCAAUCCCUGGCACGGUUGCCUUAGGGGAGGUGGAAGGACAAGACCACCUCAGAGCAUGGCAGGCCGGCGUGCACUCAAAGCCGUUUUGGUGGAUCUCAGCGGGACGCUUCAUGUCGAGGAUUCAGCCGUGCUGGGGGCCCAGGAAGCUCUGAAAAGGCUGCGCAGUGCUCCGGUCACCAUCAGGUUUGUGACCAACACGACCAAGGAGUGCAAGAAGGACUUGCUGGAGAGGCUGAAGAAACUCGACUUCGACAUUCCGGAAGAUGAGAUUUUCACAUCUCUCACGGCGGCCAGAAACCUCCUGGAGGAGAAGCGGGUCCGGCCUUUGCUGCUUGUGGAAGAAAGCGCCCUACGGGAUUUCAGAGGGCUUGAUACAAGUGACCCCAAUGCUGUCGUGAUAGGGUUGGCUCCGGAACACUUCAAUUAUCAAACGAUGAAUAAGGUUUUCCGCCUCAUCCUCGACGGGGCUCCCCUCAUAGCCGUACAUAAAGCUCGAUAUUACAAGAGGAAAGAUGGUCUCGCUCUUGGCCCUGGGCCGUUUGUGACCGGAUUAGAAUACGCCACCGACACCCGGGCUACUGUUGUGGGGAAACCAGAGCGAACGUUCUUCUUGGAAGCCUUGCGUGGGACCGGCUGUGCCCCAGAGGAAACCAUCAUGAUUGGCGAUGACUGCAGGGACGAUGUUGGUGGCGCGCAGAAUGCUGGCAUGCUGGGUAUCCUGGUCAAGACCGGCAAAUACCGCCAAGGCGAUGAAGGCAAAGUCAACCCUCCCCCGUACUUGACUUGCGAGAGCUUCCCCCAGGCUGUAGACCAUAUCCUCCACCAUCUAUUGUGAAGACGUCUCUCAAUAAUGCAGAGCGCCACCUUCUGGCAGUGCCGCUCCAAGCGUCCAGCAUCCUUAGAGCCGAACUGUGCGAUUGGUGGAGUUCUCUGGCAUAGCUCCAGCUGGACUUUACCAAACUGGUUGUGUGUGGGAGGGGGGGAAUUGCCUAUUUGAAUGCUUCCUACAUAAAGGCAAGUCCCUUCGUUUGGGAGAACAGCA